AUGUCUCGCAAUCUUCUCGCUUUUGCAUCCUUUGUUGCCUCCGUCGCCGCCCACGGCCAUGUUACAGGCGUCGUGGUUAACGGUGUGGAAUACCCUGGCUGGGACAUCGGCAGCUUCCCCUACAUGGAGGACCCCCCUGUGGUGGCAGCCUGGGGGACACCAAACACUGGCAAUGGCCCUGUCGACCUGACCUCCGAUGGCUACUCGAACACAGACAUCAUCUGCAUAAUCGACUACCUCGCCUCGUGCGGCGACUCCUGCGCAACAGUCGACAAGACCGCCCUCGAGUUCUUCAAGAUCGACGGCGUCGGACUCGUCGAUGGCGCCGAAGUCCCCGGAACAUGGGGCGACGACCAGCUCAUCAAGAACAACAACAGCUGGAUGGUCCAGAUCCCCGAGUCCAUUGCCCCCGGGAACUACGUCCUGCGUCACGAACUCAUUGCCCUCCACGGCGCCGGCACCGAGGGCGGCGCCCAGAACUACCCCCAGUGCUUCAGCUUGAAGAUCACCGGCUCUGGUUCUGACAAGCCUGCCGGUGUCGUCGGCACGAAGCUAUACACCGAGGAUGAUGCCGGUAUCCUGGUGAACAUCUACAGCAGCCUCUCAAGCUACAAGGUCCCUGGUCCCACCCUGUACAGCGGUGCCUCGUCUAUCGCGCAGACGACCUCUGCUGUUAAGUCCACUGGCUCUGCCGCUGCCGUAGGUGCCGGUGGUGGCUCUGCUUCAGCCACUGGAUCCGCCUCAGCAACCACCACAGCAGCAGCUACAACCACCGCUGCUGCAAGUGCCAAGCUGGCUGAGCCAUCGAGCACCAGCCCCAGCGGCACAUCCGCACCUGGAAGCAGCACCACGCUCAUCCCUACCACAUCCAGUGUAAGCACUGCUGCGCCUACAUCCACGCCUGCAUCCUCGGCGCCUGGCACCUCCACCCCUCCUCCUUCAACCGGUGGCUCGACCGGCGGCUCUGCAGGUACCUACGGGCAGUGCGGUGGUUCCAACUGGAAGGGCGCUACGAGCUGUGCUUCCGGUGCGACAUGCAAGAAGUUUAACCCUUACUACUCGCAGUGUGUUCCUGCUUAG